GAGAGGCCGGAAGUGCCCCUUAGCGGGUGGUUCCGCAGUGACCGGACGCGGGGGAGGCGAGUGAUUUGCCUAAGUAAAAGGGAAAGAUAACUGAGCGCCCUCCCGCAGCGGGUCUACCCAUGCGUCCGCUGGGCCGGCUGGGAGCCGGCAAGGGAAGGCCGAGCGGGCCCCACUGGGGGAAAGGGAUCAGUCACUUCCCGGAAGAGGUGGAGCCGCGCGGGCCCGGCGCCGGAUUCGAAACGUUUCCUGGUGCUCCUGGGCCUGGCGGCUGAGCCCGGGGCGCUAGUCUUUGCUUGGGUAAAGAAAGAGGACUUUUCUUUUUUUUUUUUCUUUAGAGAAAAUUCAGAAAUUUGGAGGCACAGUAGUUAGGAUUCAGGCCAAACUGGUAAAUGACGAAGGGGCUUCUUCCAGAGCCAAGGAAGGAGGGUUGUCCGGCAGAUAAUCACCAGAAUGGGAGUGAAUGACUUGUGGCAAAUUUUGGAGCCUGUUAAGCAACACAUCCCCUUGCGUAAUCUUGGUGGGAAAACCAUUGCAGUUGAUCUGAGUCUCUGGGUGUGUGAGGCACAGUCAGUCAAAAAAAUGAUGGGCAGCGUCAUGAAGCCCCAUCUCAGGAACUUAUUUUUUCGUAUCUCAUAUUUAACACAAAUGGAUGUAAAACUGGUAUUUGUUAUGGAAGGGGAACCACCAAAGCUGAAAGCUGAUGUCAUAAGCAAGAGGAAUCAGACUCGGUAUGGGUCUUCUGGAAAAUCGUGGUCUCAGAAAACAGGGAGAUCACAUUUUACAUCAGUCUUAAGAGAGUGCCUCCAUAUGCUCGAAUGCUUAGGAAUCCCCUGGGUUCAGGCUGCUGGGGAAGCUGAAGCCAUGUGUGCUUAUCUCAAUGCUGGUGGUCAUGUCAAUGGCUGCCUCACCAAUGACGGAGAUACUUUCCUUUAUGGGGCCCAGACUGUUUACAGGAAUUUCACUAUGAAUACAAAGGACCCACAUGUUGACUGUUACACAAUGUCAUCUAUCAAGAGUAAACUAGGUUUGGAUAGAGAUGCUCUGGUUGGAUUAGCAAUACUUCUUGGCUGUGAUUAUCUCCCAAAGGGAGUCCCUGGAGUUGGAAAAGAGCAAGCAUUAAAACUUAUACAGAUUUUGAAAGGGCAAAGUUUACUUCAGAGGUUUAAUCGGUGGAAUGAAACAUCUUGUAACUCUAGUCCACAACCGCUGGUCACUAAAAAACUGGCUCAUUGUUCCAUAUGUUCCCAUCCAGGUUCACCUAAGGAUCAUGAACGUAAUGGAUGCAGAUUAUGUAAAAGUGAUAAAUAUUGUGAGCCACACGACUAUGAAUACUGCUGCCCUUGUGAGUGGCACCGUACAGAACAUGAUAGGCAACUCAGUGAAGUAGAGAACAAUAUUAAGAAGAAAGCUUGCAGUUGUGAGGGAUUCCCAUUCCAUGAGGUUAUUCAAGAAUUCCUUUUAAACAAGGAUAAAUUGGUGAAGGUUAUCACGUACCGAAGACCUGAUUUGUUAUUGUUUCAGAGAUUUACUCUUGAAAAAAUGGAGUGGCCCAGUCACUAUGCGUGUGAGAAAUUGUUGGUACUUUUGACCCGUUAUGACAUGAUAGAAAGAAAGCUUGGUAGCAGAAACUCUAAUCAACUACAGCCAAUUCGAAUUGUUAAGACCCGAAUCAGAAAUGGAGUUCAUUGUUUUGAAAUAGAAUGGGAAAAGCCUGAACAUUAUGCUAUGGAAGAUAAACAACAUGGAGAAUUUGCUCUAUUAACAAUUGAGGAAGAAUCAUUGUUUGAAGCAGCGUAUCCUGAGAUCGUUGCUGUUUACCAAAAACAAAAGUUAGAAAUUAAAGGGAAGAAACAGAAACGUAUUAAGCCUAAAGAAAACAAUUUGCGAGAACCAGAUGAAGUAAUGAGCUUUCAGUCACACAUGACUUUAAAACCCACAUGUGAAAUCUUUCAUAAGCAGAAUUCUAAGUUAAAUUUGGGGAUUUCCCCUGAUCCUACAUUACCACAGGAAUCUAUUUCUGCCUCAGUGAAUAGCUUGCUUUUACCUAAAAAUACUCCAUGUUUGAAUGCACAAGAACAGUUCAUGUCUUCUCUAAGACCUUUGGCUAUACAGCAAAUUAAAGCUGUCAGUAAGUCUCUAAUUUCAGAAUCUAGUCAACCCAAUACCUCAUCUCAUAAUAUAUCCGUGAUUACUGAUCUACACUUGAGCACUAUUGACUGGGAAGGUACUUCUUUUAGUAAUUCUCCAGCUAUUCAGAAGAAUACUUUUUCUCACGAUUUAAAAUCAGAAAUUGAAUCAGAGCUAUCAGCCAUCCCUGGUGGCUUUGAAAAUAUCCCAGAACAACUGCCAUGUGAAUCAGAAAGGUACACUGCAAACAUAAAGAAAGUGUUGGAUGAGGAUUCUGAUGGGAUUAGUCCUGAAGAGCAUCUGCUUUCUGGCAUUACUGAUUUAUGUCUUCAGGAUUUGCCUUUAAAGGAACGAAUAUUUAUAAAAUCAUAUCUUCAGGAUAAUCUACAACCAGAUGUCAACCUGAAAACUUUGUCCAUACUUAGUGUAAAAGAAUCUUGUAUUGCUAACAGUGGUUCUGAUUGUACAUCACAUCUUUCAGAGGAUCUUCCAGGAAUUCUCUUGCAAAAUGAAUCCAGAGACUCUAAAGUUCUAAAAGGAGACCAGCUGCUUCAAGAAAACCAUAAAGUCAAUACUUCUGUCCCUUAUUCUGUCAGUAACACAGUGGUAAAGACCUGCAAUGUUAGACCACCAAAUACUGCUUUAGAUCAUAGUAGAAAAGUUGAUAUGCAAACCACUCAGAAAAUUUUAAUGAAGAAGAGUGUUUGCCUUGACAGACACUCCUCUGAUGAACGAAGUGCCCCAGUGUUUGGGAAAGCUAAGUACACAACUCAAAGAAUGAAGCACAGUUCUCAAAAGCAUAAUUCAUCCCAGUUCAAAGAAAGUGGCCAUAACAAGUUGAGUAGCCCUAAGAUACAUAUUAAAGAAACUGAACAGUGUGUCAGAUCUUAUGAAACAGCUGAAAAUGAAGAAAGCUGUUUCCCAGAUUCAGCAAAAAGUUCUCUGAGUUCUCUACAAUGUCAUAAGAAAGAAAACAACUCUGGUACUUUUUUGGAUAGUCCUCUUCCUUUACGCCAGAGAUUAAAACUAAGAUUCCAAAGCACUUGAAAGGAAAUUUAAAACACUUAAGUAUAACUUAUUAUUUUAGUGCUAUCAGCAAUAGCAGAGACAGAGGGAAGGUAUCUAGUUCAUGUGUGGUAAAAAUUUUAAUGUUCUCUCUGUCAUGAAACACCAUUUCAAUCAAAAUUGUAAUUUUUAAAAUAUCACCUAAAACUCUGGUUUUAAAAGAUCCUCUGUAUUGAAAACUUCUGAUAAUGUAUGUCAUUAUUAUGUCCGUAUUAUUCCUUAUAGUUUUAAAAUAUUAGUAUAGUACUUGACAAAGUAAAUGCUUCAUCUAAUUGUU